UACGUAACAUACGUGUUAACGGAAAACAUUCGAAUACUCGCUCGAAGUACAUCAAAUAUAAAAAUCAAACAAUAAGCCAAUUGGGCAGCACUUUGAAAAACAUAUGUGUUGAGGAGAACAGAGUUUAAAAUCGCAAAAACGAAAUAUCGAAUUAAUACAACGAAGGUGAUAGUGAGACUGCCGCAACGCAGACAAAUAACAGCAUCCAGGGUAAUAAAAAUAUUCAUAUGUGUACGAAGUCGAAUGACAAGUGUUUGCCGGCAGCUACAGCAUCUCUGAAUGCUAGAAAAGCAAGUGGGCAAAGAAGAGCCAAAACAAACAAACAAAUAAACGUAUAUUUUGUGCAUUAGUGCUACAAAUAAAAGUAUAGAAAUAAAAGUAGAAAUUUGAAAUUGGAAAUUGGAUAUUGUAUAGCGUACGGCGGCAAUAGCAGCAAAGGUAAAACGCGCAGUUGCGUGUGUGUUGGUGUACUGAAAAGUUUCCCCAUUCAAUGUGGUGCAUGGAAACUGAAUGAAAAUUCGUAGAACUGUGAGUUUAGGCGCUCUGUUAAAUUGACCUGUGCUAUUCGAUGUGUAUCGACGAAGCCUAAGAUGGGUGGAAAUUUCAACUAAAUUCAUAUCAUCGUAAUUUCAAUAAAAUAUCAUAGCAAAACUCAAAGAAACAGUAUACGUUAAAAAUUACGAACGCUGUCGCAAAUCGUCUGGGCUUUAAAGUUAGGCAAAAUAGACCGGGCUUACGCCUUUUCGAGCCGCAAACGCGCAACCAAGUGGAACAAAGUAUUUUGCUAUCCGAGUUAUAUGAUAGGGCUAGCAGACUCUGAAUUGUCUCUGCAGUGGCUAUAAGGGAACGUUACGACAAGUUGCAGCGCGUCGCAUUGUAACUUAAUAAUUAUCACAAAGCAAUAACAAUAGCAAACAUUAACAAUACCCGACACUUGCAUCGAGCUUUAAAAAGGCAAAAACAAUAACAAGAAACAAGAAAUACGCCAAGUGUGAACGAAAAAAUGCACGCUAGUAAGCUGGACACAACAACGAUGCUGACACCAUUGACAGCUGGUGGAACCAGCACAAAACUGGAGCAGCACUCCAAACCCAUACUGAGCCCAACACGAUCCCUUGACGAAGGUUUCGAAAGUGAUCCGGAUCGGGUGUCCACUGAUUCAGAGCAUCAAACAAGUGGAACGAGCUGCAGCAGCAGCAGCAACAACAACAACAACAACAACAACAACAGUCAGAACAAUAGUAGUCAGAUUAAUAGCAACGGCAACAACAACAACAACAACAACAACAAUAAUAAUAAUAACAAAAACAGCAACAGCAACAGAGGCGUUGUUGUAGCAAAGCAAGGUGUCGGCUCAACGCUUGCCCAGCUCUCGUCAGCGGCCACGGGAGGCCUAACAGCAUCAACAGCGGCGGCAUCAGCCAUGACAGCAACAACAAGUACGGCAAGCUCAUCUAGCAUCUGCACAACAGCAGCAACAAAAGCGAACAUGAAGACUGAUUUGCAUAAGCAACGCUUGCUGACAAUGGUUGCACCGCCGCCUCAAAUUACACGACGUCAGCCAGCGAUAAGUGUGGCACCUGCUGCCGCCUCUGUCAACACCACCAACGGCUCCUCCAUUGCUGCUGACAUGAGACAAGCAUCCGAUACAGCAAUGGACAAAUUUCACAAAGAACUGGAUUUGCAACAACAACGACGUGGCUCGGCUGAGUCAGCGCACAACAAUAACUAUCUGGUCGCGAGUAACGGCAAUGGGAACAGCAACAACAAACACCAUUUGGGCACACAAUACCGCGCAAGUUCCAACUUGGCCGCACUGACCGCCAAUGUGGCACGCGCUAGCAAUGCCCUAACAACGCCAACGAGCAGCGCCGGUGCUUCACCAUUACCAGCGCAACGUCUGCAGUAUCAAAAACAGCGUCAACCCAUGGUGGCCUCCGCCGCCGGCCAUCAGACAGUGCACAAUCAUCGUUUUACUGCCGGCGGUAGCGCAGUCGGCGGUGGUGUGGCCAGUGGAUUUCGACGCGCACGCACGCGCGCCAUGUCGCCUGCGGUGAUCAAAGGGCUACCGAACGCUAGCCACAACAGCAGCAACAACGUCGGAGGGGGCGUUGGCGGCAUGCAAGUGCACGCUUCACGCACGCUGCUUCUACCACGCAGCGCUAAUGUGCGCUCACAUUCAGUUGAUGCCAUUUCACGUCAUCGCCAUGGCUAUGACCCUGCCAAUGCGCUUAUCCUUAAGCACGAGGGCAGCGGCAUUACGAGCACCGGCGUGCAAAACGCGCAUAGCGUGGGUGGCCCGCAUGGCGUGCCCAACAAUGUUGCCACCAACACACGCAUGAUGAACUACAAAUAUCCCAGCGGGGGAGUGGGAGCUGGCUCAACGGCUGCCGGGCAAGCCUUGUUGGUGCAACCCAUUUCGAGUGUGACAUUGUCGGCGAGCACAGCAUCAGCUUCACUGCCAGCUGCCACAACAGUGCUCAAUCCAGCGAAUGUCGGCGAUGCCGCUGCUGCGUUGGUCGCAGCAGCUGGUGGAUCGCCGGUCAUCGCCUCGGCUACCAAUAGCCUGUACACCUUCUACCCAGCCGAAGGCAAUCUGCAAGUGUGGCAGUCCGAGUGCGGCGACCUCACAUACAAGUCGUCGCGAAAUCAACAUACGCACAAAGCGCCGGUCUGCUGGACACAGUCGAUACCAAGGCAAACGAGACGGUAA